AUGGCGGUCAACAGGAUACGCGGCGCAUUCGCCGCGCCUCGAAAGGGUGAGACAUUCGAGCUGCGGGCUGGGCUGGUGUCGCAGUAUGCCUAUGAGCGAAAGGAGGCGAUUCAAAAGACCAUCAUGGCCAUGACGCUCGGCAAGGAUGUGUCUGCGCUGUUCCCUGACGUCCUCAAGAACAUUGCUACGGGCGACCUGGAUCAGAAGAAGCUUGUGUACCUCUAUCUAAUGAACUACGCCAAAUCUCACCCCGACUUAUGUAUUCUCGCCGUCAACACCUUCGUCCAAGACUCAGAAGAUCCAAACCCCCUCAUAAGAGCAUUAGCUAUACGGACAAUGGGAUGUAUCAGAGUAGACAAGAUGGUGGACUAUAUGGAAGAACCGUUACGGAAAACACUGAGAGACGAAUCGCCUUACGUACGAAAGACGGCAGCCAUCUGCGUAGCGAAGCUCUUCGACCUAAACCCGACCAUGUGCAUUGAGAACGGAUUCCUGGAGACGCUGCAGGAGCUGAUCGGAGACCCGAAUCCGAUGGUUGUCGCAAACUCGGUGCAGGCAUUGUCAGAGAUCAACGAGACCGCUCCCGAGACGAAGGCGUUAAUCAUAACGCCCACUACACUGAAGAAGCUGCUGAUGGCGUUGAACGAGUGCACAGAGUGGGGAAGAGUGACGAUCCUUUCAACACUUGCCGAGUAUCCUCCCGUCGACGUGAAGGAGUCAGAGCAUAUCUGCGAGCGAGUAGCUCCUCAGUUCCAGCACGUUAACCCAAGCGUCGUCUUGGCAGCUGUUAAGGUCGUGUUCAUCCAUAUGAAGGUCAUAAACAACCCAGACACAGUUAGGCAGUAUCUUAAGAAGAUGGCUCCUCCUCUAGUCACCCUGGUUGCUUCUGCCCCAGAAGUUCAAUAUGUCGCUCUAAGAAAUAUCGACCUCCUCUUACAAGCAAAACCCGAUAUUCUCAGCAAAGAGAUGAGAGUGUUCUUCUGCAAGUACAACGAUCCACCAUACCUCAAGCUUCAAAAGCUCGAAAUCAUGGUGCGGAUAGCAAACGACAAGAACUUUGACCAGCUCCUGGCAGAGUUGAAAGAAUAUGCUCUGGAGGUGGAUAUGGACUUCGUGCGACGGGCUGUUAAGGCGAUUGGCCAGGUCGCCAUCAAGAUCGAGAGCGCAAGCGAGAAGUGCGUCAACGCGCUGCUGGAUCUGAUUUCCACCAAGGUCAACUACGUCGUGCAGGAGGUCAUUGUUGUCAUCAAGGAUAUUCUCAGAAAAUACCCCGGAUAUGAGGGUGUCAUCCCAACUCUGUGCAAGUACAUUGACGAGUUGGAUGAGCCCAGUGCGAGGGGAUCCCUGAUCUGGAUCGUGGGAGAGUAUGCGGAGAAGAUCAACAACGCAGACGAGAUUUUAGAAAGUUUCGUCGAUGGAUUCAUGGAAGAGUUCACACAGACACAACUUCAGAUCCUCACUGCAGUCGUCAAAUUGUUCUUGAAAAAACCGAGCAACACUCAAGGCUUGGUUCAGAAGGUGUUGCAACAGGCGACAGCAGACAACGAUAACCCAGAUAUCAGAGACCGUGCCUAUGUCUAUUGGCGUCUCUUAUCCGGCGAUCUUGAUGUCGCAAAGAACAUCAUCCUCUCUCAAAAACCAGCCAUUUCCACAACAAUGACCAGCUUACCACCAGCCCUGCUAGAGCAACUACUCACCGAGCUCUCGACGCUAGCAUCCGUCUACCACAAACCACCCGAGUCUUUUGUGGGCAAGGGCCGUUUCGGCGCUGACGAGAUCCAACGUGCUGCCAUCCAAGAGCAACGGCAAAACGCCGCCGAGAACCCCAUCGCGGCAUCCGUCGCUGCUGCGGCUGCCAACGGUGCAAAUGGCGGGGCAUCUCAAAGCAACAUUGAGAACCUGCUCGAUAUCGACUUUGACGGCGCGGCACCGGCGUCUGCUGAGCAGAAUCCCACGGGUACAGGUACACCGGACCGGGUGGCGAGCCCGAGCCAGGCGGGUGGUGCGGCCAGUGGCGGUAUGGCGGAUAUGAUGGGUCUGUUUGACAUGGGCUCUACAUCGUCGCCGCCUCCACCGAAUAACGGUGGUGGCAUGAAUGAUAUUUUGAACGGAUUUGCAGGAAUGGAUCUCAGUGGAACGAGUGCGCCGCCACCCCCUGGAGUGCAACUGGGUCACCCGCCGGAGAAGAAGAGUGACGGGGAGGAUUUGCUUGGCUUAUUUUAA